GAAGCUGAGCUGUGCUCCCCAAAUAAAUACAAGAGCCGCGCAGGAGGGUGUGUGUGUGUGUGUGUGUGUGUGUGGGGAGAGAAGAGUGAGAGCGACUGUCGCUUGAGGACGGAUGAAGAUGCUCCCGGCGUCUCUUAGUGUCUUCAGUCUCACGCCGCCUCCGACGCUGACGCUGCUGCUGUUACCGUUAGCGCUACCGCUGCUUCUGCUGUUACCGUUAGCGCUGCUGUUGCAGCUCCCGCUGCCGUUGCACAGUCUGUGAGGAGCCGGACGCACUGGCAUGGUGUGCUUGGAUCUGCGCUCCACACACACACACACACACACACACACACACACACACUCAGCGCCACAGCUGCUCCUUGCUCUGCUCGGCUUCUCCUCUCCUCGCCUCGCGCUCCGCUGUGGACACCCCCUGCAGAGCCUGCCUGGCCGCUGCCUUCUGAUGGACUUCUCCCGCGCUGAGGACAACUGUUUUCUGUGUGUGUGAGAGAGAGAGGAGUGUGUGUGUGUGCGUGCGUGCGCGUGUGUGUGUGUGAGAGAGACCGAGAGAGGGAGACGUUGACUCAGCCAGUCCCGGCAGGAUCUAAACGACUUCUCCCGCGCUGUGGAGAGCUGAUACCUGUUUGUGUGUGUGUGCGUGCGUGUGUGUGUGUGUGUGUGAAAGAGAGGGGAGACGUUCGCUGAGCCCUGCCCCAAAACAGGGCACGCACGCGGGCAGGAGAGCAGGGUGACGGACGGCUUCAUGGGGCAGCACCUGCCGCCCUUCCGCUGGACAGUUCUCUCACCUCAUCAAAACACACUCACCAAAAGUGACCGCUCACAGAGGAACCAUAAACACACACACCAAAAGUGACCGCUCUCUCUCACAGGGGAAUCAUACCUGACCGAGAGCAGGACGGCAAGACCAGGAGAAGGCAAGAGGACAACGAGGAUCCUCGCGGGCGCUUUUGGGAGGAUUUCUGUUUGUCCUUUGUUUUGAAACCCAAACUGAUGAUUUUCUGACUUGUUCGCGACUUGUGAUUUUAUGGCAUCUGACAAAGAGAUGACCCAAGAACAGUGCCCUCAUAGGAACAAUGUCCAGAGCUCAGAGACACCACAGGUCUACAAGCUGGGAUUUACGGGCUGGAGGAAGUGCUUUUAUUUUUUCGCCAGGUUCUCCUCCUGAUGAUCUCUCAUCCUGGUCAACCUCGCCCUCACCAUCUGGAUCCUCAAGGUCAUGAACUUCACCAUCGAUGGCAUGGGCCACCUCAGAAUAACCGAGAGGGGUUUGAAACUGGAGGGGACGUCAGAGUUUCUCCAGCCGCUCUACGCCAAAGAGAUCCAGUCGAGGCCGGGCACUCCACUGUUCCUGCAGUCCUCUAAAAACAUAUCGGUCAACAUCCUCAACAACGAGAACCACCUGGUCACGCAGCUCACCGCAGGAUCCCGUGGGGUGCAGGCGCGUGGGAAGAUGCUGGAGGUGAGGUCGAGCUCAGGAAAGCUGCUGUUCUCCGCUGACGACCAGGAGGUGGUGGUGGGAGCAGAGAGAUUACGGGUCAUGGGUGCUGAGGGGGCCGUGUUCACCAGCUCAGUGGAGACCCCACAUGUUAGAGCAGAGCCCUUCAAGGAGCUACGGCUGGAGUCUCCCACACGCUCCCUGUUCAUGGAGGCCCCUAAAGGGGUGGACAUCCACGCAGAGGCCGGCGACAUCCAGGCCACGUGCAGGAGCGACCUACGCCUGCAGUCUGUAGAUGGAGCGAUCAUCCUGGACGCCCAGAAGAUCAAGCUGCUGCGGUUGCCGGAGGGUGUGGCGUCGCCCUCGCCCAGCAGACAGACUGUGUUUGAGGUGUGCGUGUGCGCCAACGGCAUCGUCUUCCUGUCGCAAGCAGGAACCGGCUCCACCUGCCAGAUGAGGAACCACGUCUGCAUCUAGGACUGCUCCCCUGCGCUCUCCAAGCACACACACACACACACACACACACACACAGACACACAGACACACACACACACACACACACAGACUCGCUGCAGUGCACACACACACAC